CUCUGCCCCAAAUCUGAACUGAGCGGUCGUGUUCUCCUCCUCUUUGCCUCGUUCCCCUCCGUACCCUACCUCACCGCGCGCCGCCGCGGCACCGCCGCCGAGGUCCGGCGACCCCGCCGCUGCCCGCACUCCGUCGACCGUCCUUCGGCGACCGCCCUCCCUCGGCGCCCCUCUGUCGCCCCUGGAUCUGGGAGGACAGGGGGUGGCCGGCGUACUAGGGCCACCGCGGCUAGGGACGGCCGGCAGCGGAAUCGGGGGUGGCGAAGUAGUACCGGCUGGGCAGGAUGAGCCCGGGGAGCUGCCCGCCGGACCAGGGCAUCGACAGAGGAAGCUCAACGAGCCGCGCGGUCCGUUCUAUUCGCAGGCCAGGUUCAACCACAUCGGCACCGGGGCCCAACGGCGAUGGAGCACGCGGCCGCGUUCCUGCAGCUGGUGGCGAUGCAGGUGGGCCCCGGCACGCCGUAGUUCUGGCGGGACUUCCUGGUGGGCAUGCUCAAGCUGGUGGCGGCCACGGCUGUGGUCGCCAUGGCCGUCGCGUUCAACUUCUCGCAGCGCCUGGGGCUCGAGGGCGAGAUGCUCUACGCCAUGGCGCACACCUUCCUCCAGCUCUCCGUCAUUGGCUUCGUCCUCCAGUUCAUCUUCACCCAGAAGAACGCGCUCUGGCUACGGGUCCAAGGUGCAGCACCGCAGCUACGGGUCCGCCGCCGUCGACUACGCCACCGGCGUGGCUUCCAGCGCGGGCGGCGGCGCGUCGUUCGACGCGAAGAAGUGGCACGACGCCAUGGCCAGGCUGGGGUGGGGCGUGCUCACGCCGGUCGGCGUCGCCAACGUCUUCGUCAGGCUGUUCGUCGCGCACGAGGCCGCCACCUUCUAGGCUUCUACGGCGUCUUCCUCGUGGUCUGGGUCCUCGACUCGGUUGUCCUCGAGGUCAGGCUCUGGAGGUCCGCUGCUGUUCAAGGAGAAGGGCAGCUACAACCACAUCCAUACAGCACAAGAACAAGAAGGGCGAGGCGGCUGACAUCGGGACGAAUAUGCAUUUUUUUUUCUUGUUUUUACCUUGGUGAAAUAUCUGUUUUGUCAGUGUGGGAUUGUAGCACGCGCAUGUUGAAUUGCCUAUUCUCGAGUGAGAGAGUACCACAAAUCACUCAAAUUUCAGAAUGUCAAAAAGAACUAUACAAUCAUACUUUUAGUUCAAGUGCUUCAACUCCACACACUAAUGAGAGCACAUCUGAACCAAAGAAAUCUAGAGUGGAGUUUAGUCAUUCAGAUUUAAUUGGGGACCCUGGAAAGCGCAAACCAAUUGAUGAUUAUCAGCCUGAAAUUAGAGAUCAAGUAAAGUCAUAUGCUUUGAAUGGACCAACUCAACCUCGUAAUAUCAUAUUUCCUCGUAAAUGGAUGAGUGGUGAAUUUAGAUCUUUUCAGAAGACUUGGUAUGAUGAGUUUGAUUGGCUAGAGUAUAGUGAGUACAAGAAUGCAGCUUAUUGCUUGUAUUGCUAUCUUUUCUUUAAUUCAGCAAAGCCUGAAAAGUUUGGUAGUUCGGUCUUUGCACAUCAAGGUUUUGUGAAUUGGAAAAAAGCUAAGGAUAUUUUUAAUAACCACAAUGUUUGCAAGACUCAUGUAGAAGCUAGGCUAAAGUGUGAAGACUUUAUGAACCAAAAGACAAAUGUGGGUAGAAAAUUAGUUCAAAUUAGCAAGGAGGAAGAAAAGCGUUAUGAGAUUCGAUUGACAGCUUCCUUAGGUGUUGCAAGAUUUCUCAUAAUGCAAGGGGAUGCUUUCCGUGGACAUGAUGAGUCUUCUACUUCCCUUAACAAGGGUACAUACACUGAAAUUUAUGCUGAGGAUUUUGAUAUUGGUGACCUUACUGUUUUGCCAAAUGAACUUAAAUCCUUCGUCAACCGUGCUAGAAGAACUCCAGAAUUCCUUGGAUGUACUGAACUUGGAAAAGUUGCUGAAAUUAUGGUCAAGACUAAUAUGAACACAUCUUAUCAGUUGGUUUAUCGUCUCAUUGAGCUAACCUUGAUACUACCGGUGGCAACAGUUUCAGAUGAGAGGAUAUUUUCAGCCAUGUCCAUUAUAAAGACAGAUUUGCGUAGUAAAAUGGGUGAUGAAUGGCUCAAUGACUUGAUGAUAUGCUAUAACGAGAAGGAGAUAUUUAGAAAAAUUUGUAAUGAAAAAAAUCAAAAAGAGGUUUCAAGAGAUGAAGAAAUGUCGUAUGUUAUUGCCUAAAAAAUUAAUGGUAAACUUUGUUCUAUUCUAAAUUCAUAAUUUGGAUGUCCAUAUAUGUUUGACUAAUUAAUUAUGUCUAUUUCUGUAGAUUGCUUCUUCGGAUGAAUAAUGGGCGUCUAUUAGUUUCGUAAUUUAGCUUUUCGGUAUGGAUAAACCGCAUCCUUUAAUUUUCAUGAUGUAUUUUGUGAUUUUUAUUGUCCAUCGAUGUUUUAAUAUAAGACUACUUCAAACUAUUAUAUUUGUCU